AUGGCUUUGUGUGUCCGUUAUGUUGAUAAAAAAGGAAUGAUAAAAGAACAGUUUCUUGGAAUUGUUCAUGUUGGAGAUACCACAUCUUUGUCUCUUAAAGAAGCUAUCUUUUCUUUGCUUGAUGAGCAUUCUUUGAGUUUUUCAAGAAUUCGUGGGCAAGGGCGAAAAGAUUUGCUUAAAGGAAAACAAGCUGAAAAAAUUGCAAAAGCCUUUGAAAAUGGUGAAAUUGUGACUGGAAAAGGUUUUAAACCAAGAGCUUGGUUUAGGUUUGAUUUGAUUGGUAACGAUGCUCGAAAUGGUGAUGAUGCUAGAAAAGCCGAUAAUCUUCAAGAGUUAAACAACCGAUUUGAUGAGGUUAGUAUAGAGUUAUUGACUUGUAUGGCUUCUUUGAGUCUACUUGAUAAAUUUUCUUCUUUUGACAAACAAAAGAUACUUAGACUUGUUGAAUUAUAUCCCGAUGAAUUUACAAGUGUUAAUAGACUAGCCCUUGAUGAUCAACUUGAUAAUUAUAUUGUUGAUAUGCGGAGGGAUGAUAGAUUUUGGGUAUUGAAAGAUAUGGGUGAACUUUCCAUGAAGCUUGUCGAGACAAAGAAGCAUCAAGUGUAUCAACAAGUCUAUUUGCUCAUAAAGUUGGUAUUGAUUCUCCCCGUAGCAACUGCAAGUGUGGAAGAGCAUUUUCUAAAAUGA